AUGGAUUUGUUCUUCUUCCACAAAACAGAGAAAGGUUUGAGCCCUAAUCUCCUCCAAAUAUUCCCCAAAUUCUUCCGAUUCCUAGAGCUCUGCUUCCUGCUCCUUUUCCUCUCCUGGAGCCUCUCUCGGCUCCCGAUCGCCCUCACAAUCUCCGCCGACUUCUUCCGAAAACUCUUCGGCUUCCUCGCCAGUCCGCUCUUCGGAUUCCUCCUCUGUAACGCCAUUAUCUUCACACUACUUGCAAAACCUACCAAAUUUUCAGACCGCAGCGCCGUAUCCGUCGUCGAUGGAGACGAAAUCGAUAGGAUUUACGCAGUCCUAAUCGAAAAAUCUGGAAGCGACGGCGUGCAUGAACGCAAGGUGGAGAUUGUGUACCAGGACAAACAGAUCAUCGCGGAGCCGAUUAGUUCAAUCGAUCACAAAAUUGAAGAGAGGAACGCGGAUACGGAGUCGGAAUCUGGAGUAGAUCAUCCGAAAGUGAUAUUGAGGACGCUAUCAGAGAAACUUAAGCCGAAAACGCAGAGGGAGAAGCUCCGGCGUUCAGAGACGGAGAAGUGCCGGAAUCUGGAGCAUUCGCACGACAUUUUGUACUACCAGGACGAUUUGAGCAGCGAAGAAUUUCAAAGGAAGAUUGAGGCGUUCAUAGCGAAAGAGAAGAAGUUUCGACGGGAAGAAUCUUCCGCCAUUGUACUCCACUGA